UUGUUUGGGCAAAAAUGGAAACAAACCAGUGGAGAUUUCUAUUGGGAUGGCAAGUGGGAUGAAAGGAAUUUUGCCAUCGGGUUUAUGAUUCAAGACAACCUCUUCUUCAAUAUCCUGAGAGAGAGAGAGAGAGAGAGAGAGAGAUGGGUGGAGGAGGGCAAGCGAUGAAGAGAAUUCCUCGCAUCAAAUUCCCACAGAGACACCCGAAACCCCCAGCUUCAGGUUCAUCCCAAAUUCAAGCUGCAGAAAAAGAGUGGGAUGCUCAGCAGACAAUGUCGGAUGUUCCAGCAGCUCCUAUUAACACUGCUGUCGGAGGGAAAGCUUCACUCCAGCCGAAGCGCACACCUGUCUCGGAAAGGGAAAUAGAUGCCAUUCUGUUGGGCGGCUGCUUGUGACUUUCAGAUGACAUAUCAGGAGGGAAGGCAGUGUUUCAACAUUUCUUCUAUAAAUUUAAUCCACUCAUGUAUGUACUGCAAGUUCGACGUAGUGUUCUGUUUUAACCUUGCCUAGAAAUUCAUAAAGCUAUGAAUCUGUAUUUAUCAUAUGCUGCACAAAACUUGAGCCGGAAUGGUGAAAUGCAACUUCUUUUAAAA